AUGGCGUCGUGUUGGAAGGCGCAAAACGGCACGAAAAUGAGACCUCGGAAAGCCACACACCUUUUUGGGGCACAAUGGCGUCGACCCUUAUUUGAAACGCACGUACCAUUGAAGAUUGGAGCGUUUUCAAGUGAAGAAGAUCGUAUUUUAAAAAAAAACUGGAAAGCCUUUUGCAAGCUACACAAUUGGGAUAAAAAAAAUCCAAAGCCUUUUUUAUACAUGAGACCACACAAUAAAUUUCUCUUGCGUUGUCGAAAAAAUAGGUUGCGGUUUGUGCAGUUUUUGGCUGAUGGACUUCAUGAUAGAUCUUUGUAUAGUGUGUACCACAGGUUUCGAAUAUUAUAUGAACCACAUAAAACGAGCAGAUACGCUCAAGAAGAAGAUAACGUUAUAUUAAAUUUCAUUAAAAACCAUGAUACUAAUGAGUCAUCAGAUCGCAAAUUUGCAGAUUUAGCAAUAAUGUUGAAGAGAACUAGAGCAUCAGUGUGGCGCCGCUAUCGAGUGCUGAAGAAAAAGUAUAAAAUCGCAACAGAGCACUAA